AUGGAGAACUGGGUCAGGGAGUGCGGAGCGGAGAGCAGCGCCCCGGCGGUGGCCCUGGCGGGAGGCUCCCUCCUGAGCCAGGCGGAGGACAGAGAGCAGCAGCAGGAGCAGGAGAUGCUACCCCAAGAGGCCACGAAUGCCACUGAGGGAAUGGAGGUGUGGGGCGUAGAAGAGAAGCCACCAUUUGGGGGGAUGCUGCAGGAGGCGGAUGGAGGGGCCACCUCUCCAGUGCUGAGGAGCCUCUUCCAGGCAUGGCUAGAUGGGCCAUGGAAACUCCCUGAGGCACAAGGGAGCCGGGCGCACGGGCGCUGCUGGCCCCGGCCCAACAGAAGCCCUGCAGCGGUGGUGGAGAGACACCACUCCCCCGGCCCUGCAGGCGCCCCGGGCUCCUCUCCCACACACGUCACGCACUGCUGCACCGCUUCCACCGCACAGAACCAGCAGCCGCAGCUGUGGCAGAGAAGUCGGCGGCGCCCGCCUUGUGCAACCCUCCACGAGCCCAGCGGUGCCCGCCUGCCCCGACCCAAUGCGCGAGCUGAUGUGAUGAAAAGCGAUUGCAAUGGGAAAGAGCAGAAAUGGAAAACUGAAGAUGAAGAGACGGGGCAGAAAAAAUCCACUUCUUCUGAAGAGGCUAACUUCCAGGAAAUCGCUAUGCCCGAAGAUUGUUUUGAAGGAAACGAAAGAAUUAUUCAGAAUGCAGAGAAAGAGUGGAAAUGCUCAGAGUGUGGAAAGAGCUUCAAUCAGAAGGGCAACCUUAAAUGUCAUCAAAGAAUUCACACAGGGGAGAAGCCCUACAAAUGCUCAGAGUGUGGAAAGUGCUUUAGUAAUAGCUCUGACCUUAACUCACAUCAAAGAAUUCACACAGGAGAGAAGCCAUAUAAAAGCUCAGAUUGUGGAAAGAGGUUCAAACACAGCUCCAACUUUAAAUGCCAUCAAAGAAUUCACACACGCGAGAAGCCCUACAAAUGCUCAGAAUGUGGAGAGGGCUUCAGUGUGAAGCCCAACCUUAAACGUUAUCAAAGAAUUCACACAGGGGAGAAGCCCUAUAAAUGCUCAGAGUGUGGAAAGAGCUUCAGCCAGAGCUCUAGCCUUACCUCACAUCAAAGAAUUCACAGAGGAGAGAAGCCCUACAAAUGCUCAGAAUGUGGAAAGAACUUCAGUGGGAUCUCUGGCUUUAACUUACAUCAAAGAAUUCACAGAGGGGAGAAGCCCUUUAAAUGCUCAGAGUGUGGAAAGAGCUUCAGUGCCAGCUCUGCCCUUAACUCACAUCAAAGAAUCCACACAGAGGAGAAGCCCUAUAAAUGUUCAGAAUGUGGAAAGAGAUUCAGCCUGAGCAGCAAUCUUAAAAAACAUCAAUUAAUUCACACAGAGGAGAAGCCCUAUAAAUGUUCAGAAUGUGGAAAGAGCUUCAAUCAGAGGGGCAACCUUAAAAGUCAUCAAAGAAUUCACUCAGGGGAGAAGCCCUAUAAAUGCUCAGAGUGCGAAAAGAACUUCAGAUGCAGGUUUGACCUGAACACACAUCAAAGAAAUCACACGGGGGAGAAUCUUUAUAAAUGUUCAGAGUGUGGAAAGUGCUUCAGUUUGAGGGCCAGCUUUACACAACAUCAAAGAAUUCACACAGAGGAGAAGCCCUAUAAAUGUUCAGAAUGUGGAAAGAGGUUCAAUCAGAGCUACAACCUUAAAAUACAUCAAAGAAUUCACUCAAGGAAGAAGCCCUAUAAAUGCUCUUGA